GAUGCUUAUGAUUUGUCGUCGGUGAGGAUGGUUAUAUCUGGGGCGGCGCCGAUGGGGAAGGAGCUUGAGGAUGCUAUUCGGGAAAGGAUGCCGAAUGCAAUGAUCGGUCAGGGCUAUGGGAUGACAGAAGCUGGUCCGGUGAUAUCAUUUUGUAUGUCUUUUGCAAAGGAGAAAAUGGACUCGAAGCCGGGAUCAUGCGGCAUGGUGGUGAGGAACGCUGAGCUAAAGGUGGUGGAUCCACGCACUGGAGCAUCUCUCCAUCGUAACCAACGUGGAGAGAUUUGUAUUAGAGGAGAAAAUAUCAUGAAAGGCUAUUUAAAUGAUAAAUUAUCGACCGAGAGCACUAUAGACAAGGAGGGGUGGCUUCACACUGGAGAUAUUGGAUAUGUUGAUGACGACGAUGAGAUCUUCAUUGUUGAUAGGCUUAAGGAGAUCAUCAAGUACAAGGGAUUCCAGGUGGCUCCAGCUGAAAUUGAAGCCUUGCUUCUCACCCAUGAACAUGUCGCAGAUGCUGCUGUUGUCCCAAUGAAAGAUGAGGCUGCUGGUGAGGUGCCUGUAGCUUUUAUUGUGAGAGCAAAGGGAUCCGACAUCAGUGAGGAUGAUGCAAAGCGCUACGUGGCUAAACAGGUGGUGUUUUACAAGAGGAUUAGUAAGGUGUUCUUCGUCAAAGCGAUUCCCAAAUCACCAUCGGGGAAGAUUCUAAGGAAGACAUUGAGGCAGAAUUUAGAAGCUGGACUGCCCGUUGUCUGACUUGUCUUUUGAUCACAUCUUCCAGGAUCAUUCAGCAAUGUGUCAUGUUUCUUAAUUUUAUUCAGAAAAUUGAAGUAUACAUACUGUGUACACUAUGGACCCUUUCUUUGUUGUUUUGUAUCUUUAAUUUGUACAUUUGAGAGGAUGAUGAAGCAGUUACAACUCUGUUUA